ACUGCUGUUUUGCACAUCUCUAGAAAAAACACAACAUUGAUUCGGUGUUUUCAACAGUAAAUAAAGUUUAGUUUUUCAAUUACAGUAGCAUUGAUUUAUUCUAAUAUAAAAUUUCUAUAAUGGGUGAAAGAUACAAUAUACACAGUCAACUAGAACAUUUACAGAGCAAGUACAUCGGUACCGGACAUGCGGAUACAACAAAAUUUGAAUGGCUAACUAAUCAACAUCGCGAUUCCCUAGCCAGUUAUAUGGGCCACUAUGAUAUGCUGAACUAUUUUGCAAUUGCUGAAAAUGAGUCGAAAGCACGCAUCCGAUUUAAUUUGAUGGAGCGUAUGUUGCAGCCAUGUGGACCGCCACCAGAGAAAGCUGAAGAUUAGAUGUUAGUUGCCAUUAAUUGUACUGUAACGUGUAUUAAACCAAGAUAUGUUAUUUUAUAUUAAUAAAUAAAUAUUGAGUUGGUGUGGAAAAAAUAA